AUGAAGAUCAGAGAUUCGAGGGAAGAUACAAACGAAGCAGAAGAAAGUGAUUGGGAGAAGAAGAUGAGUCCUGAAUCUUCUAUCUUUUCAAGUAUUCUUACUGAUAUUGAAGAGAAUCCAACGAUAUUGCUGAAGCAGAGGAAUUUGAGCGCUGAAUUGUCAACAAUUCUCGAUGGUAGUGAUGAAGAGAAUCCAACGAUACUGGAGAAGAAGAACAAGAAGUUGAAGAAGACUCGAAGAAGAGGAUCAAUGAAGAAAACCCCAAUUGACUUCUCUUGUACGGUAUCGCAAACCCUAACCCAUUCUGAUUUAGUCGAAAUUCUUAAUCAAGAACUAAAGAUUCUGAGAUCUGAAAUUGAGAUCAAAGAUCAUACAAGUGAUCGAUUUGUGUCUUUUGAUUCUGAUCACGUUAGAGGAUGUGAUUAUGUGGAAGAGGGGAAAGUUGAACAACGUGAAGAAGUUAUGUUUCUUGCGGAUGAGGUUAUAGAAUGGCUUUUAAGAGAUGAGAUAGUAAAAUCCGAAAUAUCUACUGAUGCUGAAGAAUCUGUGUGCAAUGUAGAAGAUGGUAACAACUUUGGGACUUUAGAUGGGAUAUUGUCAACUAUGCUUGGAGCUGAAGAUCCAGGACGUUGUGGUCAGGUUGAUGAGUUUAUUGAGAAGAUUUUAGAAGAGGUUGAGAAAGAUGGAAGUUACUUAGACUGGAUUAGAGAUAGUUAUGUGUUUGGAGGGUUGCUUGAGGAUAUGAUAAGAGAUAGAUUGAGAGAGAAAGCUGAGAAGGAAGAGAAAGAGAUUUCUUCUUGGAUCUCUAAUGGAGAGCCUGAAGUUGAUGAAUUUUGA